AUGGCUUUACAAAUUCAAAAACCAGCUCCAGCUUUUAAAAAGACCGCUGUCGUUGACGGCGUUUUCGAAGAAGUUUCAUUGGAACAAUACAAGGGUAAAUGGGUCAUUUUGGCUUUCUUCCCAUUGGCUUGGACUUUUGUUUGUCCAACCGAAAUCAUUGCCUACUCAGAUGCUUUUAAGAAGUUUGCUGAAAAGGAUGCUGAAGUUUUGUUUGCUUCCACUGAUUCCGAAUACACUUUGUUAUCAUGGACCAAUGCCGAUAGAAAAGAUGGUGGUUUGGGUAAGUUGAACAUUCCAUUAAUUGCUGAUACCAACCACUCCUUAUCAAGAGAUUAUGGUGUUUUGCUUGAAGAUGAAGGUGUUGCUUUAAGAGGUAUCUUUUUGAUUGAUCCAAGAGGUAUUUUGAGACAAAUUACCAUCAAUGACUUGCCAGUUGGUAGAUCAGUUGAUGAAUCUUUGAGAUUAUUGGAAGCUUUCCAAUUUACUGAAAAAUACGGUGAAGUUUGUCCAGCUAACUGGCAACCAGGUGCUGAUACCAUCAAAGCUACCCCAAAUGAUUCAAAGGAAUACUUUACCAAGGCAAACAAAUAA